AUGGCCGACGCAGAGGAUGCCGUUCGACGCCGUAAUGCCAUCGCUGAGUAUCGAAAAAAACUUCUUCAGCACAAGGAAUUGGAUUCCAGAGUUCGAUCCGUGAGGGAAAAUUUGCGUGCCGCAAAGAAAGAGUUCAAUAAAACAGAAGAUGAUUUGAAGUCUCUUCAAAGUGUUGGGCAGAUCAUUGGCGAAGUUCUUAGGCCUCUUGAUAAUGAACGCUUGAUUGUUAAAGCGAGCAGCGGUCCCAGGUAUGUGGUUGGCUGCCGCAGUAAAGUGGAUAAGGAAAAACUGACUUCUGGAACAAGGGUUGUUCUUGAUAUGACAACACUCACCAUAAUGCGAGCACUUCCUCGAGAAGUUGAUCCAGUAGUUUACAAUAUGCUGCAUGAAGAUCCUGGUAAUGUCAGCUACUCAGCUGUUGGUGGUUUAUCUGAUCAGAUCAGGGAGUUGAGGGAGUCAAUUGAACUACCUCUGAUGAAUCCUGAGCUCUUUCUUCGAGUUGGAAUUAAACCUCCAAAGGGUGUUCUCCUUUACGGGCCUCCUGGUACUGGUAAAACAUUGUUAGCCAGGGCAAUUGCCAGUAACAUAGAAGCCAACUUCCUAAAGGUUGUUUCAAGUGCCAUAAUUGAUAAGUAUAUUGGAGAGAGUGCCAGGCUAAUCAGGGAGAUGUUUGGUUAUGCACGAGAUCAUCAGCCCUGCAUCAUUUUUAUGGAUGAGAUCGAUGCCAUUGGUGGUCGUCGUUUCAGUGAAGGAACAAGUGCAGAUCGUGAGAUUCAGAGAACACUAAUGGAACUGCUUAAUCAACUUGAUGGAUUUGAUCAACUUGGAAAGGUUAAAAUGAUAAUGGCAACAAACCGACCUGAUGUACUUGACCCUGCUCUCCUCCGUCCUGGGAGAUUGGAUAGAAAAAUUGAAAUUCCUCUGCCUAAUGAACAAUCAAGAAUGGAGAUUCUCAAGAUUCAUGCUGCUGGAAUCGCCAAGCAUGGUGAAAUAGACUAUGAAGCUGUUGUGAAGCUUGCAGAGGGAUUUAAUGGGGCUGAUCUUCGAAAUGUCUGCACAGAAGCUGGAAUGUCAGCAAUUCGUGCAGAGCGUGAUUACGUGAUCCAUGAAGAUUUUAUGAAGGCUGUUAGGAAAUUGAACGAGGCAAAGAAACUUGAAUCCAGUGCACAUUACAAUACUGAUUUUGGUAAAGACUAG